AUGAGCAAGUUCGAGGCGCCGACGAACCGCGCCUUCCUCUUCAUCAAACCAAAUGCCGCGACGCCGGCGAUGGAGAAGCUUGUGGAAACAACCCUGGCAGCACGCGGCAUCAAGAUCCUGAAGAAGGGCGUCAUCGACGGGCCGACCAUCGACGCGAAACGAUUGAUCGACCAGCACUACUACGCCAUCGCGAGCAAGGCGACGCUCUUGAAGCCUUCGGAAUUACCCGUCCCGGAGGACAAAUUCGAGGCGUUCUUCGGUAUUAAAUUCAAGGACGCCAUAGCUCAGGGCACGGCCGUCAACGCCCUCGACGCGUGCAAGAAGCUCGACUGCACGCCGGACGAGCUGCGGGCGGAAUGGCGGGCCGUCUGUAAAACAGGCGACAUGAUCAAGUUCGGCGGCGGCUUCUACUGCGGCAAGAUCAGGGGCCUGCAGAUCUUCAACCCGUUCUUCAUGGCCAUGCGCGCCGUUUAUACGUCUGCAACUGCGAAGCUGAUUUACUUCGACGUCGAGUUCGACUCUAAUCAACUCUCGUGGGCGGCGUUUCGCGGCGAGGUCCUGGGGCCCACGGAUCCGGUCAAGGCGCCCUCCGGUUCAUUGCGGCGGCUCGCGCUCGAGCGGUGGGAAGACUUAGGAUUACCCUUCGCGCCGGACACGACCGAGAACGCCGUCCACGCGUCGGCGAGCCCAUUUGAAGGAUUGGCGGAGCGCAUGAACUGGCUCGAGGCCGAGCCCAAGAGCGACGCCUUCGGCGCCGCGCUCAUCGAAGCGGGCGUGCCGCUAUCGACAAUCCGGUCGUGGGCCAACGACCCGCGAGUGGCGCUGGGCGGCGGCGCGGAGGGGUCCGUCUUCGACGCCUUCGAGGACCUCGACGCCACAGAAUGCCUCGCGAAGGCCGUCGAGAUCAGCGCGUCGACGCGUUCGGCGAAUAG